GGAAGAAGAGGGAAAAGAUUGAGGCUCCACCGCCUGGAGGGCAGGGGCUGACAGAAGAACAGCAGGCGCUGAUCCAGGAGCUGAUGGACGCUCAGAUGCAAACCUUUGACACAACUUUCUCCCACUUCAAGGAUUUCCGGUGACUGCGAGCUUCCGGAGGUUCUGCAGGCCUCACUGUUGGAAGACCCUGCCACAUGGAGUCAAAUCAUGAAAGACAGUGUUCCAAUGAAGAUCUCUGUGCAGCUGCGCGGAGAAGACGGCAGCAUCUGGAACUACCAACCUCCCUCCAAGAGCGACGGGAAAGAGAUCAUCCCCCUCCUGCCGCACCUGGCCGAUGUGUCAACCUACAUGUUCAAGGGCGUCAUCAACUUCGCCAAAGUCAUAUCCCACUUCAGGGAGCUGCCUAUCGAGGACCAGAUCUCCCUGCUGAAGGGGGCCACUUUCGAGAUGUGCAUCCUGAGGUUCAACACGAUGUUCGACACGGAAACAGGAACCUGGGAGUGCGGUCGGCUGGCUUACUGCUUCGAAGACCCUAAUGGCGGCUUCCAGAAGCUCCUGCUGGACCCGUUGAUGAAAUUCCACUGCAUGCUGAAGAAGCUACAGCUGCGUGAGGAGGAGUACGUGCUGAUGCAGGCCAUCUCCCUCUUCUCCCCAGAUCGCCCUGGCGUGGUACAACGCAGCGUGGUAGACCAGCUGCAGGAGCGAUUUGCCCUCACCCUGAAGGCCUACAUCGAGUGUAGUCGGCCCUAUCCUGCACACAGGUUCCUGUUCCUGAAGAUCAUGGCUGUCCUCACCGAGCUGCGCAGUAUCAAUGCCCAGCAGACCCAGCAGCUACUGCGCAUCCAGGACACGCACCCCUUUGCCACACCUCUCAUGCAGGAGUUAUUCAGCAGCACGGACGGCUGAGUGGCUGCCCCUGAGUGGAGAUCUCACGGAGCAGCCAGACCCAGAUGUUCUGAAUUGCCACUUCUAGGGCUAUCAGAUGGACACACUGAUAACAAACAAUGCCUCUGUCUGCAGCUGGCUAGCAUUUCUCAGGAAAAGGACACAGGAGCUCAGCCUGUGGAACGUGCUGGCCUAGAAAUUAGACCAUCUCUGUGGUUGGGAAUAAACCUUCAAAUCCUGCUAAAUUCUCAGGUGUUAGGUGAGAAAGGAAGGAUCAGGUCAAACCAGGUAACAAUGGACACCCAUGCACCACACAUUCCCAGCCCCAAGCUUCUUCUCAAGCUGCUCGCGUGUUCCAGACUUGAGCUGGUCUUAUGACAAGUGUCACUGCUGAAUGCCAGCAGCUUGUCAUGACCUUGUUCUGGACAUUUCAGUCAAGUUCCUGCGCCUGGCCAAACACAUUGUUAAUCACUAACCAUGUGAUCAGCUGUGGGGGGCGGGGUUCCAGUACAGACCCAGAUGCAGAUCCCCACCUCAGAAGACAAAGCUGAAAUGUUUGCUAAUAGCUUAUAAAACCUUCUUAAAUAACUCGUGUGGAGCUAAAGAGCAUGUGGCACACAGCCCAGGAACUUUGUGUAGGGUCUGGGGUUCUGUGCGUCACUGGAAGCCAAGGAAAGGUUCCCAAAUGCCAAGUGUGGAGGAAGGGGGGGGAACUAUGGCUGUGGGGACAGGUCUGCACCCCCAUCUGACCAGGGUCUGGUUUGCUCCCAGGGCUGUGACUUAUGACAAAGUAAUAGACAAUAAAUGUAUAAUGGCACGAUUACCUAUGUACACCAAACCCCCACCUGAUCCUCACCGGAUCCUCAGAGCCAGUGUGUGAAAGUAUCUGACUCUUUUUAUAAUAGUUGGUAGGACUGUUUGUGCCUUUGCACAGGUUACACCUUAAUUUCACAUGCGUGUUCCAUGGUUUAACGUUAGAGGAAGACAAGAGCAGGACAAUAAGGGAGUUUUGGGUAGAAACAAAAAACAUUUGAAAAAAUACUUAUUUUUGCAUGUGUAUGUGUGCGCGCAUGUGUGGGCGCUGAGGAGGUCAGAAGAGGACACUGCAUCUCCAGUCGUAGUUACAGGUGGUUAAGCCAACUGCCGUGGGUGUUCAGAACUGAACUCUGGUCCUCUGGAAAAGCAGCAAGUGGUCUUAAACAGCCGAGCCAUCUCUCCAACCCUAUUUUUUGAUACCCCUGCCCGCCGGGGAAGAAAAUGUGAGAAUGAGAAAAUAGAAAUAAAACAGAGCCAGUUGAGGCUGAUGUAAGAGCAGAGCAUUCAGAACAGUCCAGACAGUGAGACCCUGUCUCAAAACACAAAACAAAGCUCUCCAUUCCCCAAACCAAAUGAAAUCACACACACACACACUACACACACAUACAUCACACACCACACACACACACUAUAUACACACAUACACACCACACACCAUGUACACAUCACACAUACUACACCACACACACACACUACACAUCACACACACAAACACCACACACAUACACCACACACAACACACACUAUAUACACACAUACACACCACACACCAUGUACACAUCACACAUACUACACACCACACCCCACCACACUCUAUACACACACAUUUACUACUUAUUUUAGUGCCAUCUUUUACAAAUCCAACACCUGCUGGUAGGACAUAAAAAUGAAUUAAUCACUUGCUCUUGUGCUUAUUACAUAUAAAUAUAUACAUAGAAUGUAAACGCAGUAGCUGAAGUUUAAAUAUGUGAUAGUAUUUGGUUGCAAAGGAAGCUGAGAGUAACUGAAUUCUAACAAGCAGGUAACUACUUAACUCCAGCCAUCUUCCAAGCAGAGCAAACUGUAGUGGCAUCAGACCAACCAACACAAGUCAAAGAAGCAAGCAUAUUCCCCAUUCCAACCCCAGUCUACCCAGAGAGGCCAUGAACUCAUUCGUGUUGGGGAGAGAAGAUUGAGACCCUUCUUGCCAAUUCAUUAAUAUAGUUUUCACUCCAUAAAAUCUGGAAUAAAGGCUUGGUUCUAACUAGAAGUAUAUUUUUCAUUUGGAAGUCUAACUUCCACUUGACUCUAUCCAUAAACAGUUCCCCCAUCUCUGCUUCCUCUGGGACGUUACCUGCAUGCCACGCAUUUGGAAGCCUGAUGGUGGCCAGCUAUGGGUUCAGAUAAGUAGGGGUAGGAUUAAGAUGUAGUACAGAUUAUACCCUCAACCCCGGCUGAGUUUUAAAACCCACGCAGGCAGUGCUCCAAACACUAACUGGCAAGGGCAUAGGAAUUACAGAUGGUAAGCACUUAUUCCAAGAGUAGCUAGGACCCCAGGUUGCACAAAAGAGCACACUCAGAAUAUACAUUCUCUGAGCGACCAAGACUGAGUUUGAAAACCCAGAGAUCCAACUCUCUGCUCCCCAACAUCCUUUUUCCUCUUCACUCCCCAGCCCCCAAGCUUCUGAACAAGUAGAAGCAAGCGUUGGUUUCUAGGUAUCUUGGUGGCUGGUGGCAACGCCUCCUUUUUCUGGUUUCCUGCUUGAAAAGGGAUGGCUAAUUUUCCAAAGUGCCGGGGAAAAGAUCUGUGUGAGACACCAUAUACACCUGGCUCUCCCAUCAGUCAAGAGUCACUCAGCAGCCACUGUCCACGUGUCUAAAGUCUUGACGUGACCUUCAUGUGAGAGGCCCCAGAAGCGGCCCUUUUCUGGAAAAAAGAAAAGACUUGAACAAACCCAUCCCGAACCCCACCAUUACCCAGCUCUUCCCAGCUCCAGACAACUUGUUUGCCUCCAUAGCAGUUUUCCCCAGGUUGCUUUUGUUUCCAUGGCUACAGCCCUCUUAACACCUGAAGGUGCCCAGGAGGACCACUCACCCAUCACUCUGCCUUUCCAAACAGCACCCAUUCCUGCUGCCCCACAACCCAGCAUCACCCUUUGGAAGGAUUCAGGCAUAAGGAACCUUUCAGGGUUGUGAGGGGCAGUUGGCAUAAGACCUCUCCAGAAUGGGCAGUGAAUCAAACCAGCCCACUGCUAACCCAACCCCUUCUGCCGCUGCAGGAAUUACAGGCACGUGGUACCACAUCCAGCUUCUAAAAAUGUCAAUGUAACUAGCUCACUAAAUAAAAGACCACGCUUAGUCGAAUAUAAAUUUGUCUUUAUUGAAGCAGCAGUCACAUGACCUUAUAUCUAACCUUUAGGCCUGACCAUGAGCCAGCCCUAAAAAAUGGUGUUUCUGUUUGCACUAAGAGACAUAACAUGUUAACAUACAUUAUCCAGUAUUGGAAAUGAGCAGACUCGAACACGUGUUGGUUACAUGGGUGGUACAGACCCAAUGUCCGUGGUGUUCAUGGUUUACAGAGACUCCCAACGACCGUUACUAAGAAUAUGGAAGUUAAAAUAAAUACAGCCACACCAAACCAUGGACACAGCAACCAAAGACGGCCGCUUAUACAUGUUUUUACAACUGUCCCUUUCAGGGACUUCUUUCCCCCAAAGCAGUGUCUGCAAAGCUUUCUCUACAUUAAGUCCAGGGGUUUCCAAGCCAGAAGCUGCACCUCCUGUCUACACAUCAGAGCAAGGUCAUUUCAAAUGAGAGUCCUGGCUUUUAGAACAAGGGUUCGUGUUUCCCCAGUGAGGGGUGAGAUGGCAGUGUGCGACUACAUGUUGUAAUGGUAAAGUAGGUAGGUGCGGAAAGAGGGGUGGGCACUGAAAUAAAGACCACACACUUGGGGAUUUUAAUUUCAUUACCAGGCUAACCUACUUUUUAUUUAAUGCAAAUUACAGUACCAGUUAACUAUUUCCAAACCAAGUCACAUAGAACCAAAUGUAUUUACAAGGGAGUGGGGGAAAGGGGGAAAAAAACAUUGAGCAUACUUUCCACAAAAAAGUUUAUAUUUAAAAUGAAAAAAAAAUUCAGUCACAGAGGCAUUCAAGUAGUAAUGUUACACAGCGUUUGCUUUUCCUUUAUAUCAAGACAGAUUUGCACAAGUGUUUGCAAUAGUUUGUAUACAACCCACAGUCCUUUAUGUAUAUAUAUAAUAAUAAUAAAUUUUGUUUAGAUUUGUUUUUAUGAUGGAAGCGGUCACGCUAAUCGGAUGUGUACAGGCCCAAGUGAUCCAUCGCAACACAUUUAUAAAUGCAAAUUUUACAGGCAAGCACAUUUCCAUAGACCUAUCUGUAUCUGCCUAUAGACAGAUAUAGUUAAGAAAAGAACUUAAAAAUUAACACAAGGAAGUCUACUUUGUCAAGCUAACCCCUUAUGUACUGGCUGUCAUUUUGCUUGUAUUGUGGAGACUGCACAACGGAGCAACGGACUUGAGUAAAAUGGCGUAGCCCUGUGAAAAGGAUCCAAACCCAAAGGAUGGCUUCCGAAGACUCUCAAGGGAGACCUUCACCUGGGAUUCUCCUGUGCUUCUAGCUGUUGGUUUUCAGUGGCUUCAGUUUCUACCAGGAGAGACAGGUUUCACCAUAAAGGGUGCUUACUUUUCAUACAGGGGAGAAACGUGUUCAUCUCUGGGAUUAGAACAAUCAGUAGUGUAAAUAGGAACCAGACACAAUUUUGAUUUAAAACGAAGAAAAAAUAGUAACAAAAACCCCAACUCUGGGAGAUCUGGCAUUGGCCAAACUUUCUUUGGAAGACUCCAAAGUUAAAACCCUUGCGAAGGGAAGAGAAGGUAACAGAAAUGCCAGUGUCUUUACAUCCACAGGGCUAGAGAGUACAGGAGUCCUCUCAGGACCUCUGCGUUGGUGUGGACAAGAUGGCCGUGCAGGCAUACUUUGCUCAAACACAAACCUAAGAAGUGGGUCUAAAAAAGAAUUAAGGACUUAAAAAGCCUGACAGUAUGUCAUGGGAGAGAAGGUGCAUUCUCCUGCCGUGCGCAAUGAGCUCGUGAUGCCUCAAAAAUAGCAACCUUUGGUUUGGUAGUGAUUUUUGUGUUUUUGUUUUUCUUCUUCUAUUCAAGACACAUGAAGUAGUUGGUGGCAAAACGAAUACUUUUUUUCCUUUCAAAAAGGCCAUAUUCGGCACAGUUAAGAAACUGAUUUUUAAAAAAGAAAUUAAAAUGCUAUUUCAUCCAGCAAGAUGGUAGGAGGGAGGAACGGGCUCAGAGUCCACUCGACAGCCCUCGUCUGCACAGCACCUCUGCAGUAACUACUAACAAUGUCACCGGGGCACGCAAGCGCCACCAGGACAGUGAUUUAUUUUUUAAAAAAUAAAACCAAUCUUUCUCUCUCGUUUGGGAGGGAAGUAGGUAAGGAGGGAGUGAGCACGGGGGCUCCCAGAAUCUGCUUACGAUCCACCUUAGGGCUGGGAGAAAAGACGAGCAAAAUCCAAUCUAUCUGACACCCUCCAGCUCUAGGACCCCCCAGCA